UCUGGCUCCUUCUUGCAAGCUGCUCUGGGUUUGCUUUUGGAGGUUUUGGAAAAGUUGAACGCCAUCCCAUGGCUUCGCCUUGGGAGGAGCGGAUCAGGGCGGCAUUUCGGGACAAGUUGCAACUAAUGGACAUCCCUCAAAAAGAGGAUGACUUUCUGCCCUCGGCUUGCUGCCUCUUGGAGAAGCAGAGAGAGCUGGCCCAAGUGGAGCAGGCCCUGGCUGCCAAGAAGGAGGAGUUUCAAAUCAAGAUGGAAGACAUCCAGGAGCGACGCCGGGAGCUGGAAGGCAAAGAGAGGCAGCUCAAACAGGCCAUCUUGAAGUUUGACAAGUUCCUGAAGGAAAACGAUGCCAAGCGAAGCCGGGCCUUACGCAAAGCCGGGCUAGAACAGCGCCAAGCCACCCAGCGAGGGGCAGAAACUGAGCGCCUUCGGGGAGAAAUUACACGGCUGCUGACAGUGAGGGAGAAGCUUCAGAAGCGUCUGGCUGCUCACAAGGUCUUCCCGGAUUAUCUGUGGAAGGUCCUGGAAAACACAGACCAGUUUCAGGACAUCCCAGAGCUGAUUGCCCGUUUCCAGGCCCUGCUGUCCACCCAGGCGGCCUUGGUGCAGCGGGAGCAUGUUGCCCGCGAAGCCGUGGAAGAGGCACAUGCCCACUUGGAGCAGUAUCGAGAGGAGAGCGGCAACCAGAUCCUGCAGGAGAACAACCGGGUGGCCGAGCUACAGGCUCAGAUGGACCAGGUCCAGACCAAAGUACUGGAACUGGAGUCAAACUGGUUUUGCAUACAGAACACGGCCGCCCACAAGACCUUGGAACUUGGGCAGGUGAAGUUGGCCACCUUGAACCUCUUCCAGAUGGUUGCCAAAUAUAAGAAGAUGCCCACCAAUGUGCCCCUGGAUGACACCAAUGCCCAGCUCAAUGCGGUCCAGCUCUGCAUCGUGGACUUAAUUGACAUCCUGGCCAAUUUCCGUAAAAGUGAACCCACACCAGUUUCACAGCCAGAGCCCAGGACAGCGUCUCAGUCCGAGGCCAGCAUUCAGCAUCCCGGGUGAGCAGGGAAACCUCAGCUGCUUCCGUAACUCCAAAUGGCAACCUCUCAUAUUGGCAACAGACAACCGUUAACACUAUAUUUGCUGAUGUG